GAAAACUGUGGCCAGGUCUGCGGGAACCGCACCUAUGGCUUCCGUGCUGUCCUACGAAAGCCUGGUCCACGCCGUGGCGGGAGCCGUGGGAAGCAUGACAGCAAUGACAGUAUUUUUUCCCUUGGAUACAGCUCGACUUCGACUUCAAGUUGAUGAGAAAAGAAAGUCCAAAACGACACACAUGGUGCUCCUGGAGAUCAUUAAAGAGGAAGGCCUCCUGGCACCGUAUCGAGGGUGGUUUCCAGUUAUCUCCAGUCUCUGCUGCUCCAAUUUUGUCUAUUUCUACACUUUUAAUAGCCUCAAAGCAGUCUGGGUCAAAGGUCAACAUUCUACUACUGGAAAGGAUCUGGUAGUUGGAUUUGUUGCAGGAGUGGUGAAUGUGCUGCUAACAACUCCACUCUGGGUAGUAAACACCAGACUGAAGCUGCAAGGGGCAAAAUUUAGGAAUGAAGACAUUGUACCAACCAACUACAAUGGUAUUAUCGAUGCUUUUCACCAGAUCAUUCGCGAUGAAGGAAUCCUGGCUUUAUGGAAUGGCACAUUUCCCUCCUUGCUGUUGGUCUUCAAUCCUGCCAUCCAAUUCAUGUUCUAUGAAGGUUUAAAACGGCAGCUUUUAAAGAAACGAAUGAAGCUUUCUUCUUUGGACGUGUUCAUCAUUGGUGCAAUAGCCAAAGCAAUUGCCACCACGGUCACCUAUCCUCUACAGACAGUACAGUCAAUUCUGAGGUUUGGACAUCACAGACUGAACCCAGAAAACAGAACACUGGGGAGUCUUCGGAACAUUCUCUAUCUUCUUCACCAACGAGUAAGGCGUUUUGGAAUAAUGGGACUCUACAAAGGCCUUGAAGCCAAACUGCUGCAGACAGCCCUCACUGCUGCUCUCAUGUUCCUCGUUUAUGAGAAACUGACGGCUGCUACCUUCACGGUCAUGGGGCUGAAGAGCGCACACAAGCGCUGAGGCACCUUCCACCGUCAGGCACUCAGAGAUGCUCAAGACAGGGGAUCCUUCUCUGUGAAGAGAAGUGGUUCCCCUUUUACUUGCUCCUUCCACUGAGAAUUUUACCCUCAUUGGCUUGGAAUGCAUCUGAGUUUACACAUGGAGUAUAGCCAGCUUGACCUGUUACCAACUUAGUUUUUAUGAUGGUUGGUUGAAUUUUGUGGGGGAGGUUGGGCCAAUGGCCAUAUGAAAAGAAAACAUUAUUGAAAACCUAAAAAUGAAAGUUUAUGGGGGUUUAUUGGUUUUUUUGAGGGGAAUGGACUCUUGCUCUCAUGUAUAAUCUUUUCCAAGUAGAGUCUUUUUUAGAUUUGCCAGGUGGUCCCUUUCCCUUGAACCUUCCCCCAGGUCCUAGGGCAAAUUUGCUACCAUGUACUUCUCCUCAUAUACUUUUGUAUGUCUUCAUCUUGGUAUUUUCUUCACUAAAAAUGUUAUGACUAUGCCAUAAGCAUGACUUUAUUUUUCUUGGCAUUUUUUUCCUCCUGCUUAAGGAAAGGUAUCUUCUUUAGUGUGUGAGCUAUUUAUUUUGUGGGGGAAAUGAAAAUUAUUAAUUCCAAAUGAUUCUCUUAUAAACUAUUUGUAAAUAUCACUUAUUUAGUAUUUGACAUAAUUUUAAAUAUUUAUUUUGAAUCA